GAGAGAGCUGAGAACCAGCCAGUUAAGAUCAAACGACGUUUUAACAGCUCAUCGUCAUUUGGGGAAAACCCAGUGAAACAGAAGAUUUUUACAAAGAGGAAGUUAUGGAAAUUUUCAGUUUUCAUGUAAUGUUAAUACACUUUUAGUUUUCUAAUCAUCCGUUAGAAUCUAUCCUCCAUCAUUUGAAAGAGAAUCUCAGAUGCAGUGUUGUGUAUUGUGAGUUCAAGAGACGAUAAUGAGUUGUGAGCAGAUAAACAGCCACAGAGAUCUGGAGGUGGGGGAUCUGGUGGAGUUCAAGCGGGGGCUGUAUUCUCACUGGGCUGUCUAUAUAGGAGGGGGAGAGGUCGUUCACCUCGCAGGGGAAGAAGAUGAUGGGCUAGCCAAUGUUGGAGGAAGACAUGUUUUCACUGUAAGCGGAACUACAUUUAAUAAGGCCUUGGUCCGCAUCGACCUAUUUGAUGAUGUUGCGGGUCUUGACAAGGUCUACAGAAACAACACGAAGGACAAGAGGUGGAGUCCAUUCUCAGCAUCCGAGAUCGUAAGAAGAGCUCUGUCCAAACUUGGGCGUGUCGGCUACAACCUCAUCUUCAGCAACUGUGAACAUUUUGUGUCUUGGUGCAGAUACGACAUGGAACGGAGUGAUCAGGUGGACAGUUUCAAGACUUGGUAGAGAUUUGGGUGGGGGUGACCUCAGCUAACUUCAGCUUCUUAGCUUUUGAGCUAACAAGCGUUCACCUGUCAGGAACAGACUAUAAUCCACCAUCCCUAAUCCCCUUAAUCCUCCUGAAUUUCAUUUUUGAGUUAACAGGGAAGACCAUGUACAGGUUUUGUAUAUCACAAUGGAAUAUAACAAUAUGCUGGAAUACCUUUCGCAUUUGACAAUUUCGCAAUUUGAUACUGUGUCCGUUGUCAGCUACAUAAAUCAUCCAUAAAGUUGAGCUUGUGGCUCAACUGUAUAUAUUCAUAUAAAUUGUCAUAUAAAACAUGUUCACUUUAUUCUGGGUAUUUUCUAUAUGGAUAUGUAGCAAGAUAUGUUUUGUAACAAAUUUCUCAUCUUGAAGAGGUGGUGAUUGUUUGUUGUAUAAGUGACGAUCUGAGGCAGCAGUGUUAUAAAAUUGUUGCACAUAUUUUCUGAUAUGUGAUGGGGUUUUAAGAUGGAAAAGCAAUAAUUUAGGACCUAAUCUCAUUUCACCUUUUAUUUGAUUAGUUUGAAAUAAAUGACAAUGGUGACAGUGAAAAUAAACAGAUAUAGCAAAAAAUAAUUUCCCCCAAAUAAAUCAGUACUUGCUGAAAACAAAAAUAAAUAUGAAAUGAUAUUAUUAUUAUUUUAAAUAUUUGUACUUUUAUUUUGUUCUGCCCAGUCUAAUGGGAAAGUGAAAAUAUGUCUUUUAACAUUUUCUAUUUAGUUCCAUGUUACAGAUUGAAUGUUUUAAACAGGAAUCAUCACUCUGUUCAAAUGAGUACUUUUUGUACCGUUUUUACUUCAUCAGUUCAGUUCUUUUGACUUGUAGCUGUCAGAUAUGUAUAUUUUAAAAUCAUUUACAUAUCAGUUACAAUGUGCUGUUGAUAAUAUAGACAUAGAUAAUAAUGUUAUCCAAACAUUUUUACUUAUGUCUUUUAUACUGUUGUUGCAAUUUGGUAUUAAAGAAUCAGAAGGAUAAACUGUUUGAUUUAUUUGUGUGAUGAUAAUCAUUCAUUUUCUAAAACCGUAAGUUUUGUAUUAUUUGGUCUGUCACUACCAGGACAACUGUGAAGGUCUGGGUUAGAACUCGUCUUCAGCAAUCCAUGUUUGUCGCAAGAGGCGAG